UCUGGUCAAGUUUCAACCGAUUUUAUAAUCCCCAGGACACGAUGCGUGAGUGUCUAUCGGUUCACGUGGGCCAAGGUGGGGUCCAGAUUGGAAACGCUUGCUGGGAAUUGUACUGUCUGGAGCAUGGGAUCCAACCCGAUGGCCAAAUGCCAUCAGACAAGACCGUGGGUGGCGGAGACGACAGCUUCAACACGUUCUUCAGCGAAACCGGUGCCGGCAAACACGUUCCGAGGGCGGUCUUCAUGGAUUUGGAGCCAACGGUAGUCGACGAAGUGCGAACGGGAACGUACCGCCAGCUGUUCCACCCGGAACAGCUAAUAACCGGGAAAGAGGACGCGGCGAACAACUACGCGAGAGGGCAUUACACCGUGGGCAAGGAGAUCCUGGACCUGGUGCUAGACCGGCUGCGGAAGCUGGCCGACCAAUGCACGGGUCUUCAGGGGUUCCUGAUCUUCCACGCCUUCGGGGGCGGCACCGGAUCUGGCUUCACCUCUCUGCUGAUGGAGCGUCUCUCGGUGGAUUACGGCAAGAAGUCGAAGCUGGAAUUCGCGAUCUACCCGUCCCCGCAGAUCUGCACGGCGAUCGUGGAGCCGUACAACUCUCUGCUGACGACGCACACCACCCUGGAGCACUCGGACGCCGCCUUCAUGGUCGACAACGAGGCCAUCUACGACAUCUGCCGAAGGAACCUGGACAUCGAGAGGCCCACCUACACGAACCUGAACAGGCUGAUCGGGCAGAUAGUCUCCUCGAUCACGGCCUCCCUGCGCUUCGACGGAGCCCUUAACGUCGACCUGACCGAGUUCCAGACGAACCUUGUGCCCUACCCCAGGAUCCACUUCCCAUUGGCCACGUACGCUCCGGUGAUCUCCGCCGAAAAGGCCUACCACGAACAGCUGACCGUGGCCGAGCUGACCAACUCCUGCUUCGAGCCGGCCAAUCAGAUGGUCAAGUGCGAUCCCAGACAUGGGAAGUACAUGGCGUGCUGUAUGCUGUACAGAGGGGACGUCGUUCCGAAGGACGUCAACGCGUCCAUCGCCACCAUCAAGACCAAGCGCACGAUACAGUUCGUCGAUUGGUGCCCCACGGGGUUCAAGGUCGGUAUCAAUUAUCAGCCCCCUACGGUGGUUCCUGGGGGCGACCUUGCGAAGGUGCAACGAGCCAUCUGCAUGUUGGCCAACACGACGGCGAUCGCGGAAGCCUGGGGCAGACUCAACCACAAGUUCGACGUCAUGUACUCGAAACGUGCCUUCGUCCACUGGUACGUCGGCGAGGGAAUGGAGGAAGGUGAGUUUUCGGAAGCGAGGGAGGACUUGGCUGCUCUGGAGAAGGACUACGAGGAGGUUGGCCUGGACUCCGUCGAGGGCGAGGGCGAAGGUGGCGAAGAGUACUAAGCCGUCCCCUCGGCAUUGGAAGAAAUGUCCUGACCUCUCUCUAGGUGUCGUCCAAACCUGACCGUGGAUCGCCAUCGUCCAUGGGCCUUCCUCUAUCCUGUUAUGUAAAUUCGCUGCCUCGGGAAUCCAUCCCAAAGGACGCCGCGUGUCGCGCCGUUGACAUUGACU